ACAAAGCAUUUUAAGCACUGUUAUACCGUGGUCCAUAGUUUCACUGAGUUUUACAGAAGAAAUGCUGCUGCCGAGAAAAUCUGUGUUGGAGCUCGUGAACAUCUCCCUCAGUAAGCUUCCCAGCGUGCAUCGCGCUUCUGUCAUGGCUGCUCACUGGUGCCACUUGCAGCACAUGGACUGAAAUAAACAGCUUGCCACACAGACGUAACAGCAGUCUACCCAGUAGCGGUAAAGGCAACUAUAGUGUGAAUUAAAAAUCAAAUCUGGCCUGAGUUUACAACGUUUUUUUUUUUUUGAGUCUGACAACGCGUCACAUGAGAACGAGAAUGGUGCGGGACGUAGAGCUGCCUGUAUUGCGAGGCUUUCUCUCCGACAGAGAGACUACGGAAUGGAAGCAGAACAUUUUCAGCACUGCAGAGGGUGGUCCCCUGCUCCAGAGCCUGUUGGAUGGGGACUUUGAGGCGGUCCUGCUCAGCCCCCAGGUGCUGGACCUGCUGGGGGGCGAGGCUGAGGCUGUGGUGGGCGAGACCAUCGAGGCCUACCUGGAGAGAAAGGUGCUGGCCUACCUGAGCGACAGCACCGAGGAUGAUCGCACAAACAGGGAGACAGCUCUGCUGGCAGUAGCUGUGGCCUGUGUCCACCUCUUUGUCCAGAGUAACUGGACAGGACCUCCAGUCAGCCUGCACGUUCCUGACCUGCUGCCGGCCUCCUUACUGCAGUCCCUGUCAGAGCCUCAGGCCCUGCAUGCGUCUCUUCUCUCCAGUCUUCUGCUGGAUGGGGAGUCGGUCUACAGCCUGGUGAACAACCCUUUCUGCCUCCUCCUGGCUCGGGUGCUGCUGGUCACCUGCCGCUCCCAGCUGGACGCCUUCCAGCUCCUGCCAUGGUGGACUCUGCGUUACGUGUCUGUGCACCAGCAGGUGCUGGAGGCUCGCUCACCUCAGCUCCUCAGCCUUGCCCAGAGCUGCAUGGACCACGUUAUGCGGUGCGAGGCUCUCAUCUCCGGUCGGACCAACCGACACCUGGCUAUCCAGUUCCACCUGGAGUGCGGCUACAUCUGCCUGACUUACUACGAGUACAAUCCGGCCAAGGAGAACUUCACGAAGGCUCGGGAGCUGUCUGGGAUUGACAUUAACAUGACGGGUGCCUUGGGCAAGCGGACAUACUUUCAGGAGAACUUCCUGGCCCAGCUCAUCCUGGGCGUGAAGCGCAAGGAGGAGGCCACGGUGCCAGAGGCUGAAAGCGAGGCAUCCCCAUCCCCAUCCCCUACCCCCCUCAGUCUGCUUCCAAAGGAUCAGCUCCUGAGUGAUGAUACAGUGCUGAAUAAGAUCAACCUGGCCGAACCAGCCGAACACGAGCUGCCCGACCUCUCGGCUGAAGAACAAGCAGUCAUCCUGGGCAUCUGCAUCGACUUCCAGAAGAACAACCCCAUCCACAGACUGACAGAUGAGGAGCUGCUGGCCUUCACUUCAUGUUUGCUGUCACAGCCAAAGUUCUGGGCGGUGGAGGUGACUGCCCUGAGUCUAAGGACCAAAAUGGAGAAGGGGAGCUCCAGACGAGUGGAGCGAGCCAUGACCCAAACACAGACCGUUGUGGACUACUUUGAGGAGAAAAGCUGCCCGAUGACUGAGCGGCUAAAGAUGUUCUACUGCUGCCCUGCCCCUCCGCGCUGGACCUUUCAGAGACAGCUGGCCAGUCUGUUGACAGAUCUGGGUUGCAGCAGCUCAGCUCUUGUCAUCUACGAGAGGCUGGAGAUGUGGGAGGACGCCGUCAUCUGCUAUGAGAGGAUCGGCCAACACGGCAAGGCGGAGGAGAUCCUGCGGCGCGAGCUGGAGAAGAAGGAGACGCCGACGCUCUACUGCCUGCUGGGCGACGUGACACGGGAGCACCAGUACUACGACCGCGCCUGGGAGCUGUCCAAGCAGCGCAGCGCCCGCGCCCAGCGCUCCAAGGCCCUGCUGCACAUGCGCCAGCGCCAGUUGAAGGAGUGCGCCGAGUGCUUUGAGCACUCGCUGCGCAUCAACCCCCUGCAGCUGGGUGUGUGGUUCUCUCUGGGCUGUGCCUACUUCUCCCUUGAGGUUUAUGAGGGAGCCGCCAGAGCCUUCCAGAGGUGCGUGGGACUGGAGCCAGACAACUCUGAAGCCUGGAAUAACCUCUCCACCGCCUACAUCAAACUGCGACUGAAGACAAAGGCAUUCCGUACCCUGCAGGAGGCUCUGAAGUGCAACUACGAGCACUGGCAGAUCUGGGAGAACUUCCUGGCCGUCUGCAUCGACGUGGGCGAGUUCGGCGAGGCCAUCCGGGCCUACCACAGACUCAUGGACCUGCGAGAGAAGCACAAAGACGUCCAGGUGUUGGAGAUUCUGGUGCGGGCCGUGGUGGAGGACUUGACGGAUAACCAUGGCAACCAUGCCUCCACACAGAAGUCCAAGCUGAAGGAGCUCAUGGGUCGAGUCACUUCCGGCUGCAGCACCGACGCCCAAUUAUGGGGGCUCUAUGCCCGUCUCUAUGGAGACGGACACAGCAACAACGCAGAGGACAAUGAGAAGGCUCUGCAGUUCCUGAGUAAGGCCCAUCGGUGUGAGACGCAGGCCAGCGGCUGGGAGAAGAACCCCAGCACCUUCAGAGAGGUGAUGAAGAGAGCCGUGGAUAUGGCCAACGUCUCUCUCAGCUGUUGUAGGGCAAAGACUCACCAUCAGGAAGCGAUCCAGAUGUUGAACUCGGCUCGGCUCAGCCUGAAGAGCCUGAGCAGCAAAGCCAAGCAACUGUACACAGAUGUUGCCACAGGGGAGAUCCAGGCAGACCUGAGCGAUGAUGUCCAAGAGCUUGAACAGCUAAUCAAAGAGCUGCAAGACAUGUGCUCCCAGCUGCGCACCCAAUGAGCCCGCGCGGCUCUCUCGUCAAGUGCCCCCCCCCCCCCCCGCACCUCACUGGAAGCAGCAGACGUUUGGAAAGAAUCAAGACGGAAGGAAGAUGGCGGCAGGACACCGCCUGCUCGCCCGAACGCCUUAAUCAUUGUAGUCCUCUAUUUUUUAUAUCUUAACAUAGCGCAUCAUGACUUGAGCCGCGGAACUCCGAAAGCGUUUCACGUGCAGAACAAUCUCUGCCGGAGACGAGAAAAUGAGACACUGACUUCAUAACUAGCACCCCAGCCAAAGAAAUACUGUUACAACGUGACGCGUACACAGCAUGUCACAGUAUGGCCUAAUUAGGAAUGUUUGCAUCCUGCGCUGUCUCCAAACGCCGUGGGGUCAGAUACCCCCCAAGCUCAAUGCAGGAUGUGAGUUGUGUAGUCAUAGUGACACUUUUGCCUUGUUUUACAGAUCGUACAACUAUGUAACUGGACACAGCUGCACACUCAGCCAUAAUGAGAAUAAAUUCUUUCUUUGUUGUAA